AUGGUGAUGGAGAAGCCAAGUGCCCAGCUGGUCGGGCGAGAGUUUGUCCGACAGUAUUACACACUCCUGAACCAGGCCCCCGACUACCUGCACAGGUUCUACGGGAAGAACUCCUCCUACGUGCACGGUGGCCUGGACAGCAACGGCAAGCCGGUGGAGGCCGUUUACGGACAAUCCGAGAUCCACAAGAGGGUGAUGGCCCUGAGCUUCAGGGACUGUCACACCAAGAUCCGGCACGUGGACGCCCACGCCACCCUGAACGAGGGCGUGGUGGUGCAGGUGAUGGGCGAGCUCUCCAACAACAUGCAGCCCAUGAGGAAGUUCAUGCAGACCUUCGUCCUGGCCCCCGAGGUCAGUGCACAGGCUCAGCCAGAGCCGCCCGCCCGCCCGGCCGGGACGGUUGCAAACAAAUUCUACGUCCAUAACGACGUGUUUCGCUACCAAGACGAGGUUUUCGGGGACUCCGACUCGGAGCCACCAGAGGGCCGCGUGGCCCCGGCGGGCCCGGCGGCCCCCGGGAGCGUGUGGGGGGGGGGCGGCGGCGGGCCCCGGGGGCCCCCGCCCCGCGGGGGCAUGGCACAGAAGCCCAGCUUUGGGUCGGGACGGGGCUCGGGCCCCAGCGAGGGCCGCUACCCCGCCCCCCGCCAGUGA